GGCCCCCUGCCCACCACCCCCCAGCCCCAGGAUGCUCCCGUUUGCCUCCUGCUUCCCCGGGUCUCUACUGCUCUGGGCGCUGCUGCUGUUGUUCUUGGGGGCAGCCUCUCCCCAGGAUUCCGAGGAGCCUGACAGCUACACGGAAUGCACAGAUGGCUAUGAGUGGGACCCAGACAGUCAGCACUGCCGGGACGUCAACGAGUGCCUGACCAUCCCUGAGGCCUGCAAGGGGGAAAUGAAAUGCAUCAACCACUAUGGGGGCUACUUGUGCCUGCCCCGCUCAGCUGCCGUCAUCAACGACCUACAUGGCGAGGGACCCCCACCACCAGUGCCUCCCGCUCAACACCCCAACCCCUGCCCACCAGGCUAUGAGCCCGAUGAACAGGAGAGCUGUGUGGAUGUGGACGAAUGUGCCCAGGCCCUACACGACUGUCGGCCCAGCCAAGACUGCCAUAACUUGCCUGGCUCCUACCAGUGCACCUGCCCUGAUGGCUACCGCAAGAUCGGACCUGAGUGUGUGGACGUAGAUGAGUGUCGCUACCGCUACUGCCAGCACCGCUGUGUGAACCUGCCCGGCUCCUUUCGCUGCCAGUGCGAGCCGGGCUUCCAGCUGGGGCCCAAUAACCGCUCCUGUGUGGAUGUGAAUGAGUGUGACAUGGGGGCACCGUGUGAGCAGCGUUGCUUCAACUCCUACGGGACCUUCCUGUGCCGCUGUCACCAAGGCUAUGAGCUACACCGGGAUGGCUUCUCCUGCAGUGAUAUCGAUGAGUGUAGCUAUUCCAGUUACCUCUGCCAGUACCGCUGUGUCAAUGAGCCAGGCCGCUUCUCGUGCCACUGCCCACAGGGCUACCAGCUGCUGGCCACACGCCUCUGCCAAGACAUCGAUGAGUGUGAGUCUGGUGAGCACCAGUGCUCCGAGGCCCAAACGUGUGUCAACUUCCACGGGGGCUACCGCUGCGUAGACACUAACCGCUGUGUGGAACCAUACAUCCAGGUGUCUGACAACCGCUGCCUCUGUCCAGCCUCUAAUCCCCUGUGUCGAGAGCAGCCUUCAUCCAUCGUGCACCGCUACAUGAGCAUCACCUCAGAGCGCAGCGUGCCUGCCGAUGUGUUCCAGAUCCAGGCAACUUCUGUCUACCCCGGCGCCUACAAUGCCUUUCAGAUCCGUGCUGGAAACUCGCAAGGGGACUUCUACAUCCGGCAAAUCAACAAUGUCAGUGCCAUGCUGGUCCUCGCCCGGCCGGUGACGGGCCCCCGGGAGUACGUGCUGGACCUGGAGAUGGUCACCAUGAACUCCCUGAUGAGCUACCGGGCCAGCUCUGUACUGAGACUCACCGUCUUCGUGGGGGCCUACGCCUUCUGAGGAGGGGGUGAAAACCCUCAGGAGCGGGAGGAAGGGGGCCACCCUCCCUCAGCCCCCUGUGUCCAAGGAGCUCGGGGCUCAGGGAUGUGUUCUGCUCAAAGGGAAGAUGUUGUGAAGGGCAGAAAAAGAAAGGCAAUAAAGGAGUGCUGGUGCCGAGGGGGUGGGUCACACUGCAGCAAACCUCAGACUGGGGAAGGGGCCGGGCUCGCAGCAGGCAGGCAAAUCCACCUAAAGGGGGGCUCUGUGCUCCAGCUGAGAGGACCCCGCUGAUGGGAGCCAGGAGCUACAUGCCACACAUGAGCUUCAGAAUCACUGGGAGGGGUGGAGGUAAUGAGGUGUGCAGGCUUCAGGCUCCAGCCCAGAGAUCUGGCCUUGGCAGGUUUGCAGGGUGCUUGAGAAACUCCCUGUGGACAGUGCCAGGAGGCCCUGGGUUCUGGUCCUAGCUCUGCCUCAAAUUAUACAUUUGGAUAAGCCCUGGUAGCUCCCUGAGCCUGUUUUCCAGUCUAGGAAAUGAGGUAACCAGACUGUUAGUGGUUUUCAAGCUUUUCUUUUGCAAGCUACAGAACCUCUUUUCAAAGGAAAUUUUAUUUGCUCGAGGACCAUCUGAUUAUAUAAAGCAGACUCAAAGUUG